UGUAUACCGGGUCGCUGUGGUGAGCUGUGCGCGAAAUAAGAGACAGGAAAAGGAUCGGCGGGUCCGACCGUGUCCUGGAUACCAGCAUGGAGCCCAAAUAUAUAAAAGCCUUCAUCCUUGCGAGUAUCCUAUCAGUUAGUUUUGCUACUUUCGGACAUGAACACGUGCACAUAAGGAUACAUGUGCCGGAGAUUGUGCAGCACCAUGAUAAGAAAGUUAUAAAGUAUGAAGAUCACGGUGGGGGUGGUGGUCAUGGAGGCGGAGGAGGUGAUGAUCAUCACAUAGAGAUCUCCGGUCCUGGAGAUAUCGGAGGUGGACACGGUGGUGGUUUUGGAGGUGGUUUUGGAGGUGGUUUCGGAGGAGGUCACGGUGGAGGUUACGGAGGCGGCGGUGGCUUUGGCAGCGGUUUCGGAGGCGGUCAUGGUGACGGAGGUGGACAUGGAGAUAUCAUCAUAGACCAUGGUGGUGGAGGAGGAGGUGGUGGCUACGGAGGAGGUGGCGGCCACGGAGGUGGUGGCGGCCACGGAGGUGGUGGCGGCCACGGAGGUGGUGGCGGCCAUGGAGGUGGUGGCGGUUUUGGCGGUGGACACGGUGGUGGUGGAGGUGGCAAUAUCAUCAUAGAGCACGAUGAUCACGGAGGCGGCGGUAGUGGCGGCGGUGGUUAUGGUGGUGGACAUGGAGGUGGCGGCUUUGGAGGUAGUCAUGGUGGUGGUGGUUAUGGCGGCGGCGGCGGUUUUGGCGGUGGACACGGAGGUGGCGGCGGUGGCGAUAUAAUCAUUGAACACGGAGGACAUAGCGGCGGUGGCGGUUUCGGCGGUGGAGGUGGACAUGAUGGUGGCGGUUAUGGAGGUGGUGGCAGUUACGGAGGUGGAGGCGGUCAUGGAGGUGGUGGUGGUUAUGGAGGUGGAAGCGAUUUCGGCGGCGGACAUGGCGGCGGUGGUUAUGGAGGAAGCGGUGGCGGCGGUAUAAUCAUUGAACAUGGAGGACAUGGCGGUGGUGGCGGAGGUUUUGGAGGUGGAUUUGGAGGAGGUCAUGGUGGUGGAUACGGAGGAGGUGGUGGACAUGGCGGCGACUUCGGAGGUGGUCAUGGAGGUGGAUAUGGAGGUGGUGGCGGAUUUGGUGGCCAUGGAGAUUUUGGAGGUGGAUUUGGAGGAGGACAUGACAUAGGAGGCGGAGAUCACCACUUUGAUUCCAGCGGUCACGGAAACAGUAUAUCGUCUGGUUUCGGUAGCAGCGGACAUGGCGGAAGUAGUUACAGUUCCGGCGGUGGCUACGAUUCCUAUUCGAGCGGUUACGGUGGUGGCGGUGGAGGCGGUGGUGGGGGCGGCGGCGGACACGGUGGCGGAUUCUCCGGUUAUCACAAGAAGAAGAAAUAAGAGUGAUUGUGUUGUGACUGAUAUAUUAUAUAAAAUGUGGAAUGGAGACGCUAUAUAUUUCGGAUUGACCGAUGUAGAUCAAUCCGGAAUAUCCUUCACAAUGAUAACCGUCGUCACUUCAACGAUAAGAUCCUCAUUUUGAUUACGAUGACAAUUAAUCAAGUUAGAUACACGAUAACGGUGAAUGGUCUCUCUUUUUCAUCUUUCGGCGAAUCAAGUCAUUUAAGUUAAAACUUCUUGUCGACAAUGAAAUUAUGUUUUCAAUGACUUUUGACGAACAAUAUUAACUGGAAUGUAUUGAAUGCAAUCAUUUUGCUAAUUUUACAGUAAAUUAUUACGCAACAGACGAACAUGUAACCAGAUAACAACAGAUGAGACUUGUGAUGAGGCAUAUAUUAUAGAACUUCUUAGAAUGGAUUCUGAUCGAAAUUAUUUCGUGAUUCCCCAUUAUAGAUUUCUAUUAUCUUUUUUACAAGAAACGAAAUUUUUCUGAUUAAAAUUAUUUCCGAAGUGUUCCAUAAUAUAUUUGCCCUGACACACAUAUAAUCGAGAUUCAUAUUCUUUCACAAAACAAUAUAUCGUAGGAAUGACGAUUACAGACUGACUACAUUUACUUAUUGUGACACUAAGGUGAGAUCAAUGCAAGAAAUAACUCAAAAUUUAACAAGUUGCGAGCAAGUUGAACGACCUCCUAAAAAAUAAUUUGAAGCACCUAAACCAGAUUUUGUGAUAAAUGCUAUCGAGUGUACAUCAUUAUAAUUUUUAAGUACGAUAGUGUUUAUGAACGUAUUUCUAUACCUCAUUGUUAAAUCCGGCACAUAUUUCAAUUUAGACUAUCACGUGCCUUACUCACUUCAGCACUUCAGCAGUUAGCGCGCAUGCAAUUGCGAUUCACCUAUCUGAGUGAUUCACACUCAAAGCAACAUGAUGUUAUGUUUGUAUGUAUGAUGUGUUUGUAAAUAGAGCAUUAUGUUACGCGUUUUCAAUAAAGUUUUUAUAUGUUUUUAA